CAUCUCGAUCCCAUCCCAAUCCCAAUCCCAAUCCCAUCCCAGCUCCAGUUCCACCUUCCGUCCUCGUCUCCUCUGCUGGUCCAGUCCACCCGCUCCCCACAAGCGCAUCCCCGGCUCUGGCUCUGACCAUGGCUCAACUCGCCGACCACCGGCCGGCCCAGACGCACCAGAUCGCCCUGACCGUCGCCGGCGUCGUCGCCGUGCUGAUCGUCGUCGCCGGCAUCGGCUUCCUGGGCCUCCGGCGCAAGAAGAAAAACCAGACCGAGCCGUCGUCCCCCGAUGCCGAAAGCCCCACCUCGGCCAGACCCCUCCCCAGCACGCCGCCGUCGAUCCUCACCGCCAACCUGACCCACACCCGGCUCUCCAACGAAGAUCACCUCACCUCCGCGGGCACCACCAACCACCGACAGAGCGGCUUCUGGUCGUUCUUUAUGCGUCCCGCCUCUAAUUCGGCUUCGUCGCCGUCGCUCAAUUCGCCCUCGCUCGAUCAGCGCUCGACUUCUGCUCCGAACUCGGCUCACGUCGACCGGAAGCGGCACAUUUUCCCCAACCCCGACAACCAGCCUAUGCCCUCACUCAGGGACGAUACCUCCUCCUUCCACACCGUCGAAAUCAUCAGCGAGCCCCCCACUCCGGUCUCGACCUUGAGCAAAUCACCCGGCCGUUUUGCUCGCGCCUACAUCGCUGCGCCCGAAUCCCUCUCUCCCGAGUUUUCAAGAGACUCCCUCCCCCGACCUGUUCCCUCGCUGCCCUCCAUGUCCUCGACCCCACCUCAGCGGCUCUUUGCCUCGCCGGAUCUCUCAAAGUCCAGCAGCCUGCCCGCCUUCCAGAGCCAUGUGUCCAGCCUCCAGCGGCCAGGCACCUCGUCUCGGUAUGGCCGGGGCGACCCAAAGGCAUGGAUACCUUACGAGCACUCGCCCGUCCGAACCUUCCACGACCACGACCCAAACGCCUCUUGGAACGCCUCGGACGAUCACCCAAGAGUACCACCGACGACUCCCGGAUCGUCGUCCUCGGGCCCGUCGAGCUCGGAGCUGCCCUAUGGCCUUCCACCGCACGGCUCCCUGCGCAAGAGCAAGCACAGCUUCAGCAACGUCCAGUUUGAUGCUCGCAUUGCCACGUCGCCGCUCUCGGCCAAGGCCUCGUCCGAGAGCCUGAAGCUGUCCAAGCGGUCCUUUUCGAUCGUAUCGACAGGUGAGAUGGGCCUCGGGGAAGCCGUACCGCCGUUGCCCUCGAUGCCGGGCUCGCAUGCCGCGGCCAUUUCCAACCGGCCUCGCAACGGAUCCGCCUCCUCAAAUCUCUCUCCGUUCGCCGGCGCCCCCGUCGUCCAGAAAAGCGCCUCUUUCUACAGUGCGAGAAUGCCGCCCCGGUCGGGCGAGCGCAUCCCAUCCUACUACGAUGGGUCGCUUGCGUCGCUCGACAGGGCUCCUCCCCCCACCACCCCAGUCCUGCACCCGCUCUCGCCGCUUACCCUGAUACCGCUGCCUCGCAAGAAUGACCCUCCCUCCGGCCCAGACGCGCCCGACAUGAUCGAGGUCAUUCCGCCAAAGACCCGCAGCCGCGCCAGCACCUUUGGCUUUGGCACUCCCGGCCCCAAGACCGUUCGCCCUUCGAUUUCGCAGCCGUCCUUGGAUCACAAUAACAAUCGCAAUCGCCGCUCCGAGCACUGGCCGCUUGUCCCGAAAGGCUCAAAGAACCCGGGUCCGCAGCCGCCCAACAAGCAAAAGCACACCUCGAACCAGAGCCUCGCCAGUCUGUUUAACCCAAGGCAUUCUGUGGACCCCGGCGGCGACACGGCUUCAACGCUUGCUUGCUCGGACGACAAGUCCACCCUCACCAGCACCACCGCCAAUGGCAGCCUGCCCUCGCCCACGGCAGAGUCACGUCGUCUUUCGGAUCUGGCGCUGCUGUCGCAGUACCUGAAGACCGAGAGCCCCGCGGUCCAGCGCUCUGGCCCGACCAAGAAGGCUUCGCAGAGCGACAGCGACAGUCUCGUCGUCCGUCUGUCGCACUCCCAGCCUCAGCUACAACAUAACCCCGAUGGAAGAGACCCCCGCAUGGCUUCUCGGGCUGUCGGUGCGGUGCCUAGUGUUCCUCCGGUACCCGCUGGUGCAUCGUCGCUGACAGGGGGCGGCUCGGCCUUCCGCACACCCCCGGUUCCCCUCUCACUCGACGUCCACCGGUACGGAAAUCAACUGCACCAUUCAAAGGCAGGCCAGUCGACAACCUGGCGAAGCCCCAGACACCAUGGCACCACCGAUUUUUACGACCUUCGUUCUCCCGGCGUCUCGUCCAGCUGGUCCGGCCACUCACUGGUGCCGCCUUUGCCGUCGGUACCGGCAAUCCAGUUGCAGCCGACGUUGUCCGAUGAGCGACGCCAAGCCCGACAUGCCGGCAGAGACGAAGGGUUUCAGAUCAGGGCGACAGGACAGCUGGCCAGAGUCGAGCAGCCGUCUCUGUCGCGGGGCCGCCCACUAUCGAUCUCGACCAUUUCCAGUGACGGAUCGAGCGACGCGGCAGAGUUCUUCAGCUAUCUGCAAGACAAUGCUUCCUGCGACGAGGGCGUCGACUUGACCCAGAUCAAGACCGAUGCGGUGAGCCCCCAAGACGACAAGGACGCUCAUGACAGCCACCCUGCCUCAGAUACCACGACUGGCUGCGACGAGAUCCUGGACCUGACUGCCGUCGAUAACAUCCCCCUGGAUCUGGAUGCGGCUGGCGAUCUAUGAACGGAGGCAGUAUUAUUGCCUUGCCCCUCCCUCCCUCUCUCCUUCCCUCUUAUCCGCCCACAUCCCAGAUCAAAUUUUGGUGCUCUGUCUGGAAUAGCUGCGACAUGCGCGGGCCUUCCUCCAGCAUCGGAACAGCUCGGGCUAGACCUGAGACUGUCUCUUACCCAACCGCCGUCAGCAACCAAUGGGCCCGUCCCCUCCUCGCCCCAAAUAUAGUGAACCGUUCCUAAUCCUUUAUCAACA